UAUGUGUUCAUAGGUGCAUGUAUGUGCGGUGGCAUGCCCAGCCCACCCUCUAUCAACAUAAAACAUCACAUAUAUAGUCAUGCGAUCUUGGGACAAUUUAUACAUCACUGUGGAUCAGCUUCAAGAGCAAACUGCCUUCGGUAACAAACUGGUGAGUAACCUCAUCCUGACCAACCUAAAGACAGGUCUUAAUCUAAGCAUGUCAUACAGAGAGGACGUUGAGUAUGAGGAGCAAGAGGAGGAGCUGCAGGAUGAGGAGGUGCUUGAGGAGGUAGAGGAGCAGGUGGAGGAAGGGCUUGUAGAGGCAUGUGGGAAGCAAACACCCAAUCCACAUCAUGCAGAUGCUGCUGAGGAACCUGGGGAAGAAGGAGAAACAAAACCAAAGCAUAAACCCUUUGUGCCAGCUUUGGUGCCUCCCAAAAUUCCUGAUGGAGAGAAAGUUGAUUUUGAUGACAUUCACCGCAAACGUAUGCACAAUGAAGCUCACUUUGAGAGCAGAAAGAAAGAAGAAGAGGAGAUGAUCAACCUCACCCAAAGGAUUGAGAACCGGAGGGCAGAACGAGCGGAGCAGCACCGGAUCCGCACAGAGCGUGAAAAAGAGCGGCAAAUCAAACUAGCCGAGGAAAAGGCACGAAAAGAGGAGGAAGACGCCAAGAAGAAGGCUGAUGAUGACGCUAAGAAGAAGAAGGUUCUCGCGAGCUUCCAGUACACCGGAUACAUGCAAAGGAGAGACAAGAGGGGUGGGCCUAAGAAGCAAACAGGGAGGGAGAAGAAAAAAACGAUUCUUAGUGAACGCCGUAAGGAACUGAACAUCGAAAACCUGAGUGCUGAUAAACUGAGAGAAACCGCAAACGAACUCUGGAAGUGGAUGCGCCAACUUGAAGCCGAGAAGUUUGAGCUGCAAUAUAGAUACAUGUGCCAGAAAUACGAGAUCACCGUCCUUAGGAAUCGUGUCAGCGACCAUCAGAAAAAUACCAAAGUCUCGAGAAGUAAGAGAGGACUACAAAAAUAAAGCAGCUUCAUGGAGACACCAGCAACGUCUACCACACUGAUAAUUUAAUCAUAAAUAAUAUACUUUAAUAUAAUCAUCUACAUUCUGGUCCACGUGUAAUGUUUUCUUAAGCACUGCAAAGAAUAAAAACAGCCAUCUGAUUGAAAUAUGAAA